AUGGAGCCCUCGCUGUCCAUGUGCUGCUGGACACGUCUGGCCUGCACCUGCUCCGCAGACCUCGCGGCCCUGAAGGAGGUGCAGGCCUUGGCGAAGGAGGCAUUCGCCCCCGGGGCGGCUUUGCCUCGUCUGGUCGCCAAGGGCCUCGCCGCCUCGGCGGCGCUGCGGUUGCUGCACCUGGCAGCAGUGGACGCGCGAGCCAUGCCCAUGCCCGUGCUGGUCAGCGCGGUCUACUCGUGGGCUCACCUGGGCCUGCGAAACGGGCGAAAGCCCAAAAGGAGAUCAGAGCACGUGGCGCUGCUCGCCCAUGAAUUUGCCAACGGCAUUGCGCCGCAGGGCAUCAAGGAGUCCAUGCGUCUUGAGCUGACCGCGGUGGAGACCGCGGUGUCGCUGCGCCUCGCGCUGGGCGGCAGCCUGCAGGAGGUGGCGAUGCUGAAGUUGGUGCCCUCCGAUGCGCCAGGCAAGCUGGACCGUCGCGCGCUGGUGGCGCCACCCGCUCCCCGAGGCGCCACGCAAGCCACGGCGCUGAUGUGGGCCACGCGGCAAGGGGUGCGCUGGGUGCAGUCCAUGCUGCGGCUGGGUGCUGACCCAAAUCAGCUGACGCCUUGCGGUUGGUCAGCGCUGAUCUAUGGUGCCGCCUUUGAGUCUCGGAACAUGUCGCUGGAUGGCGUGUCGGAUUCCACGGAGGACUACGGGGGCUACCGCAGCCGCAACCGCGGGGUGGUGGGGCCUUUGCUGGAUGCCCGGGCGGACCCCAGCGUGCAGUCGCUGGCCUCGCAGGAGUUCCUGUCCGCCUUCGGGCCCUCGCCCGUGGACACUUUGUUGGUCAGCGCCGAGCUGCUGGCAGCCUUCGAGGGGGUGGAGGGCGGCUGGGCGCAGGAGCUGCUAAGCAGCUGA